UUGUGUUUGUGUUAGGUUUUAUUCCUUUAAGUAGUUAAUUGAACCGUCAGAAUGAGAAUGGAUCCAACUCUGACAGGAGAAAUAAUGCUCAGGUGUUAGCCUCAACGGUUACAUGUGACGUUAACGUACAUUUCAGACACAGAACCGUUGGACAAGCAGUGAUGGAGUUUCCAGAAGAUUUCAAUCAGCUUGAGCUUUUGAACACACACGGGCACCUGAUCCCCCGCGGGGCCAGCAGCCUUUGGACUAGAAGCAAGGAGAAGGAGGAAGAGGAGGACGAGGAGGAGGUAGAGCACAGCGAGGAGUGGUAUCGGGAAAAGGAGGAGGCUCUCAAAGACAACCCAGCAGAACUCAUUCUGUGGGCAGCAGAGAGGAAUCGCCUCUCAACAAUCCACAGGCUGUUACUUGCUGAUCCUCAGCUGGUGCACUGCAGUGAUGAGGACGGCUACACUCCACUACACCGUGCAGCGUACAGCGGCCAUGUCAACAUCAUUUCAGCCUUACUCGCUGCCGGCUCUAAAAUCAACUCCCGCACCAUCGACGGCUGGACGCCCCUCCACAGCGCCUGCCGCUGGAGCCGGGUCGCCGUGGUGAGUUUCCUCCUGCAGCACGGAGCAGGGCUGAAUGCCCAGACCAACGGCGGACUCACGCCGCUGCACCUGUCUGCUUCCUACACGGGCUCCUCAAAAGCAGACUCCGCCCACACCUUAGAGCUGCUCCUCUCUCAGCGACACCUGAGGCCGGGCCUCCGCAGCAGCAGCAGGGAGACUGCCAGCGAGGUGGCCCAACGCAGCGGCCCGCAUCACUUUCUGUUUGAGAUGGUGGAGGACUGUGUCAGUGUAGUACCAGUCUCAUGAAGGAAAACACAGAUGCUCAUGAAUUCUCACACUUAUUUAUGUACAGGUACAUUAGGGCCACAGCAACAGACUAACCAAUGAAUGGUUUCAUCUAUUAAAUGUCAUGUUUGUGUCCAGAACCCAAAGAUACUCUGUUUAUUAUCAUGUAUGACAGAGAUAAACAUUAAAUCUUUACAUCUAAGAAGCAGAAA